CUCCGUGCAGUUUGAAACUGUCAGGUUGCUGCUGAGGAAGUCGCUGGACUCGUUGUUGUCUCAGCGGCGACGCGGAGACAAGACGCGGAGGAAGGAGUCCGUGUUUGCGGAGAGCCGAGUAUUUGUACAGAAUGUCAUCAGAUGAGGAGAAAUGCUCACCUCCAGUUUUGCACAAUGAAUCCGACCAAGGCAGUUCUGUCUCUUCAGAUCUUCAGGAAGAGUAUGAAGAACUGCUUCGUUAUGCUAUAGUGACUCCAAAUAUUGAAUCAAGUGCUUCACAGCCGUCUCAUUCUAAGGGAGAAGUGGUGCCAGAUAUUAGAAUUCCUACUAUAAUUGAUGAUAUUCUUCAAAAUCCAGCAGGAAAUAGCCCUGCAGUAAGAGAAACGAGGAUGGAAGUUGGAAAAAGAUGUGAUUUAAAUAUUUCAAGUCAUUCAAAGACAGACGGGUCAUCACCAGUGUCGUCCCCAAGGAAGUCACCUCACCUGGUUUUGGACUUCUUCAGUUCGAAUCUUUUAGUUGACUCUUCCUCACCAAGGUCUAAUUCUAGUCCUGUAGAUGCCCAUGAAGUAGUUGGGACCGAUUUUCUUAUUUCUGAUGAAAACCUUCAAAAGAUGGAAAAUGUGCUUGAUCAUUGGAGUUCAGGUCUUAAGACAAACAUCAUAUCUGAACUAAGUAAAUGGAGACUUAAUUUUAUUGACUGGCACCGAAUGGAAAUGAAAAAAGAAAGAGAAAAGCAUGCAGCAGAUAUAAAACAACUGUGCAGCCAGAUCAACAGCUUGAAGGAGCUGCAAAAAACCUAUGAAGUCUCCAUUGGGAGAAAAGAUGAGGUGAUUUCUAGCUUGUCUCAUGCCAUAGGCAAGCAAAAGGAAAGGAUAGAGUUGAUGAGAACAUUCUUCCGCUGGCAAAUCAGCCAUGUCAAAUCCAGACAGGACGUUUAUGAAAGUAAACUAGCUGACCAGUACUUCCAGAGAACUUUACUGAAGAAAGUCUGGAGAGGCUGGCGGGCCAUAGUACAGAAGCAGUGGAAAGAAGUGGUGGAACGAGCUUGCCAAGCAAGAGCUGAGGAAGUCUGUGUCCAGAUUUCCAAUGACUAUGAAGCCAAAGUUGCAGUGUUAUCUGGAGCUUUGGAAAAUGCAAAAGCUGAGAUCCAAAGGAUGCAGCAUGAAAAAGAGCACUUUGAAGAUUCCAUGAAGAAAGCUUUCAUGAGGGGUGUAUGUGCAUUAAAUCUUGAAGCCAUGACUAUAUUUCAAAGCAGAGGUGAUACAGGGACAGACUUCACAAAUAAUAAAAGGGAAGAGUAUGGUCCUGGUGUUCAAGGAAAAGAACAUUCUUCUCAUUUGGAUCCUUCAGCUCCUCCGAUGCCCUCAGCAGUUGCAGUGCCGCCAUCCCCGCCAGCGGCAGCCCUGGGAGCCACCUGCACUGCUGCCUUUCCCUCUGCUGCUUCCAUCACUCCUGCCGGGGCUGCUUCCACUUCCUCUGUUCACCUUCCUGUUUCUGCUCCUCAUGGCGCUGCACCGACAGCUACAGCUUCCUCUACACAGGAAGAAAUGUAUGGGCCCAGGGUUGUGACAUCAGCACAACAGAAAGCUGGAAGAACAAUCACAGCCCGGAUCACAGGGAAAUGUGAUUUUGCUUCAAAAAAUAGAAUCAGUAGCAGUUUAGCUAUAAUGGGAGUUUCUCCUCCCAUGAGCUCCGUCGUUGUGGAAAAACAUCAUCCGGUCACAGUGCAAACCAUUCCGCAAGCUACUGCAGCAAAAUAUCCCCGGACCAUUCACCCUGAAAGUAGUACCUCAGCUUCCAGAUCUCUCGGAACCAGAUCAACUCACACCCAGUCUCUCACAAGCAUUCAGUCCAUAAAAGUGGUUGACUAAAAUGAAUAUGUUCCUAGUGAGGUUGUUGAAUUCUUCUGGCUUUACUAAGAAUUAGAAAUUUUUAGUUUUUAAAAUUUCACAUUCUUAGAACAUCAUGGAUACAUCAUAUUAAUUUCCUCAAAAUUACAAGAGACUUUUUCAAGCUGUACCAUCCUUUGUAACUAUAUGUAGGAUUAUUUUAAUGUGAUUUUUUAUUUAAGCAAUUAAGUAAAACUUUUUUAAAUUAAAAAAGAAACUAGCCUUAAUUUUUUUAAUAGGUUCAACCUGUGACCGAUCAUAUCAUCAAAGUAUAUAAAUCCUGUUUUUGCAGUGUUAUUUCCAAAAGGCUAAAUCAUUUGCAAUGUUACCAAGUAAACUUUGAGAGAGAACUUUACUAAAAAAAUUAUUUAAACUAAUAGAAACUAAGGUAUUUUUAUUUGAAAAUUAAAAAAAUAAAAGCCCAGAGUAAUAUCACAAAGUUUUUUUGUGACUUUAAUAUAUUAGUCCUCAUUUUUUGGGGGCUCUAACAAUUAAAAAUAGGGGGGGAAAUAGCAAUACCUAUGAAUAGUUUUUAAUGUUAAAAGGGAAGAAAUAUUUUACUAGCACAAUAACAGAGUUACAGAAACAUCAGAAAGAAAUUUCCUAUUGGGACUUCCCUGGCGGUCCAGUGGUGGCUCUAGAAGCCACCACAAUGAGAAGCCCGCACACCACAACGAAGAGAACAGCCCUUGCUCGCCGCAACUAGAGAGAGCCUGUGCGCAGCAACGAAGACCCAAUGCAGCCAAAAAUAAAUAAAUAAAAUAAAUUUAAAUCACAGAUCAAUAGGUUUUUUUUAAAAAAAAGAUUAUUGUAAGCAUCUUUUAAAGCUUUAUCUAAACUCUAGAAAUCGUAUAUUGUCAACAGCACCAAGUAAUUAGUGUUAGCCUAAUUCAACUUAACUUCUUCCAGUGCAGGGGGUGUGGGUUCAAUCCCUGGUUGGGAAGCUAAGAUCCCACAUGCCUCGUGGCCAAAAAACCAAAACAGAAAACAGAAGCAAUAUUGUAACAAAUUCAAUAAAGAAAGAAAGACCUUAAGAAUGGUUCACAUCAAAAAAAAAUCUUUAAAAAAAAAAGAAAUUUCCUGUUAGGAUGAUCCUAUUUCAAAUGUUCUUUCUUACCUUUUUGAAACUCUAUAGCAUUGAACCUUUUUUUGCUCUGAACAUCCAAACAUUGUCCUAUGAUGGUACAGCCCUGGACAAUUCAGCAAUUCAGGCCUUCCAGGCCUGGCAGACACUUUUUAAUGCCUGGCCAAUAGGAAGAAACCAUCUGGGCAAACAGAUUUCGGAGAACAAGACCAGGCUUCUAAUGCUUUUAUUGCUGGCUGACUGGGUUAUCUAGGGCCAGACACUUAAAUUAAUCUCAGGGUCCUCAUCUGUGACAUAAUGAGAUCUACCUACCCUACCUAUUUUCCAAAGUACUUAUGGCUCACAUAAAAAUGAGUGGAUUCUGAGGAACUUGUGAACAGCCUCAGUUUCCAUAUCUUUAACAGAAGUGGAUGGUUUCAGCCUCUGUCAGUCUGAACAUGACCUAGCCCUGUGCUCUAACUUUACUAUUGGAAAUAGUUUUUCUUAUUGCCUCAUGUUGUAAUAGGACAUGAGAGAACAGAUGUGAGACUGGCAAAUAUCCCAUUUUCUAAAGGACACACCAAGGCUUUUUUGAACUAUAAAAGUAUCUGGCUGUGUCUUAAAGAGUAUUAGAUCCUUCUUAUGCAGUGCUUCUUUUGGAUUGUGGCCAGCUACCACUGGUGGCAAACAGCUCUUCUUGGGUUUCAAUAAGCACAAAUCAACAGCACUUCAUCUCCUGCUGCCCGUACCACGGGCAUGCUCCUCCCCAGAGCUUCCCUGUCCACUCAGAGAGUUGAGAUACCGGCAGGCUCCACUCAUAUGCAGCCUGGAAUUAACAUCCCAUUGGGGUAAACAGAUCAAUUCUUACUUUCUCCCCAUAUGAAUUGUCCUGAGAUGCAUUAGUCCAUUCUUGAGGUCAAAUAAUCAGUUGUUCCUGAUACCAAGUGUUGGCCAAUUUGGUAAAUCACGCUGGUCUUGGCUCUCCCUUCCCCAUCUCACUUCCUUUUUCCUUCACUCCUGCUUCCUUGGAUCUACACUCCUGAAAAAAGCAGUUGCUCAUAAACUGUGGUCUUGGGCUCUGCUUUUUAAGGAACUUACAUGACAACAGGGAAUGGUUUUCAGUAAGCAGCUACCCUGGUGGCGCAGUGGUUAAGAGUCCACCUGCCAAUGCAGGGGACACGGGUUCAAGCCCUGGUGUGCUGUGGGAAGAUCCCACAUGCCACGGAGCAACUGAGCCUGUGCACCACAACUACUGAGCCUGGGCUCUAGAAGCCACCACAAUGAGAGGCCCGCACACCACAACGAAGAGAACAGCCCCCGCUCACCGCAACUAGAGAGAGCCCAUGCAUAGCAACGAAGACCCAAUGCAGCCAAAAAUAAAUAAAUAAAAUAAAUUUAAAUCACAGAUCAAUAGGUUUUUUUUAAAAAAAGAAUAUUGUAAGCAUCUUUUAAAGCUUUAUCUAAACUCUAGAAAUUGUAUAUUGUCUAUAGCACCAAGUAAUCAGUGUUAGCCUAAUUCAACUUAAAUUCAACAAUUAAAACACUUAAACAGUAAGAGUAUGUAUUCAUAUUUGUUUAUUAUUGCAUAAAGAGGUUACCCAGAUUUUGAAGCAAGGUCAGUGGAAACUGGUCAUACUGAAGAACAGGUGGGGACAAUGCUUUUCACUAAAUACCUUUCUAAAAACUUUUUAUAAUCAUGUGAACAUAUUACCUGUUUUAAAAUUAAGCUUACCAUUUACAAUCAGCAUGAGAUGAAGAUGCAGAACUAUAAAUUCAUGAUAUAAUAAAUGGACUGAAAUUG